AUGUCUUCCUCGUCAUCGAUAACAUUGAAAGGUUGUUACACUGUGACACCAAUGGAACCAACAUGGAGAGGUUGUUUACCAUUAACCGAAUUUGAUCAACUUGGAAUCACAACCUACACUCCAAUUCUUUUCUAUUACCGCCCACCACAAAAUUGGCUUACUCCCCCUACUAAAAUUGCCACCACUUUGAAACACUCACUAAGCAAAGUUCUCGUACAUUUUUAUCCAUUAGCUGGUCGUCUACGAUCGAAAGGUAAUAAGCGUUUUGAACUAGAAUGCAACGCAAAGGGUGUUCAGUUCAUCGAAGCAGAAUCCUCUUUAACAUUAUCUGAUCUUGGUGACUUUUCCUCCUCUUCUGACAAUUAUCGUAGUUAUCUUUUCCCGCAAGUUGACUAUACACUCCCAAUUCAAGAUCGUCCUUUGCUGAUUGUCCAACUCACGAAUUUCAAAUGCGGUGACAUUAGCAUUAGUUUGUUAUUGUCACAUGCAGUGAUUGAUGGACAAAGUGGAUCACAUUUCAUUGCUGAGUGGGCUCAGUUAGCACGAGGAGAACCUUUAAAAAGGAUUCCGUUUCUCGAUAGAAACAUCUUACAUAAUAAGGAACCAUGCAAUUGUGUAAAUGAGUGGAAGUUUGAUAAACCUCCGCUUUUGUUGGAAAAUUCAGAUAGUAAUGUUGAGGAAGAAAGAAAGAAAAAAACAAUGGUUGCUAUAAUCCAUGUAAGUAAAGCACAAGUUGAAAGAUUGAGAAAAAUAACGAAUGAGAGUUGGAAUAAACCUAGUAAUGAACGAAAUUAUACAAUUUAUGAAACGAUAACCGGUCAUAUUUGGAGAAGUGCAUGUAUAGCUAGAGGGCUUAAAAUUGACCAACCAACUGUGUUUGGUGUCGUUGUUGAUUUCAGAAGUCGUGUGAAACCUAGUUUACCAAAAAAGUAUUUUGGAAAUGCGAUAGUGAAUGUGGUAGCUACAAGUCUUGCAGGUGAUUUAAUGUCUAAGCCAUUAGGAUAUGCUUCGAGUAGGAUAAAGGAAGCAAUUGAGAAGGUGAAUGAUGAGUAUGUGAGAUCGACGUUGACUGAUUACAAAAAGAGAGACUAUGAUCGGACUAUGAUGCAUGUUUACACUGUGCCAUUUUAUCGAAAUCCUAAUUUAGGAGCGCUUAGUUGGAUGAUGUUCUCAUAUCACAAAUUUGAUUUUGGAUGGGGGGAGGAGGUUUAUAUGAUACCAGGAAUACAUACUAUACUUGAAGGAGAAACGUACAUUCUUCCUAGUUCUCAAGUUGAUGGAACUUUGGUGUGUUUUAUUUGUUUGCAAGAGGUCUAUAUGAGUGCCUUUAAAAAACAUUUUUAUGAAGGUAUUAUUGAGUUGGACUCUCUCUCAAAGUUGUAA